AGUCAAAUAGCAAAUAAGAUAUUAUAACAUCCUAUGAUUUAUUCUAUUUUUUAUUGGUGAAAAUUAACAUUUUUCUGAAAUGAAUGAUGUUUGAGAAUAACCCUACCUAAUUCAUCCCUGCAACCUCUGAGAAUUCAGCACACAGCAAUUAAGUUCAGAACUAAGUGAGACUAACAAAAUGAAGUACAACCUUUCCAGAGGAACAGCUUUUCUUCCAACCCUCCUCCUCUUGUUGUUUGUAAUGAAAUUUCCUUCUGUCAUAUGUACCUACGUAGGGAACAGAUGUGACAAUUCCUCAACAUUCACCAAUGGCAGCAGCUACUCCACAAACCUAAACCUGGUUAUCAAAGAUCUAUUUCUCAACGCACCUAAAAGUUCAGGGUUUAAUAUUUCUUCCCAUGGCCAAUAUCCCAAUAAGGUAUAUGGUCUGCUCCAGUGCACUGGGAAUAUAUCAGCAGCGAGCUGCUCAAACUGUGUGAAGGAAGCAAAUAACAGUAUGCACGAUCUUUGCUCCAACGACAUAAGUGGGCAAAUAUGGCUGGAUGACUGUUUCAUGCGCUAUCAGAACUCUAAUUUUAUCUCAAUUCUAGACACUACCGGAUUUCACUUGCUCAACACGAUGGAUAUUAAUAGCAGUAAGGAUGCUUUCGUGUCCACAACCAGCAGCCUUCUGUCCAAUCUGUCUGACAAAGCUUACAUCCCUGAAAAUAAGGGAUUUGCUGCCGGAUCAGCCAACUAUUCGGCUAAAGGAAAAUUAUAUGGUUUAGUUCAGUGUUGGAGAGAUAUAUCAAUAGAAGAUUGCAGAAAAUGCUUAGUUGCCGCAAGAGCAAAUCUGAGCAAAUGCUGUGCUAAAAAAGAGGGAGCCCAGUCUCUGAGCAGGAGCUGCAAGGUAAGAUAUGAGAUAUACCCAUUUUUCGACUCUGCACAGUCGCCCUCUCCCUCUCCCUCCCCUGCGGUAUCCACACAUCCAACUAAUUCCAGAUCAGGAAAAAAGUCUUCAAAAGCAGUACCCAUAAUAUUGGGGCUUAUUGUAGCUGUGAUUCUAGUUUUGUCUGUCUGUAUGAUUGUAUUGAGAAAAUCGGUUAGGUCUGCCAUUUUUGGGAAGCAAGUAACUUAUGCUACCGUCAACAAAGAGAUUCAUGGAUUUUCCCCUAAAGUCGGCUUAAUGGAAGAUAAAAGAUUUGUUUAUAGCUUUGAAGUGUUAGCAGAAGCCACAGAUAAUUUUGAUGACAACAAUAAGCUUGGAGAGGGAGGCUUUGGCUUAGUAUAUAAGGGAACAACAAGAGAUGGAAAAGAGAUAGCAGUGAAAAAAAUUUCUGCCAAAUCUGUGGAAGGCAAGAAAAACUUUAUGAAUGAAGUGAAACUGGUGGCAAAUGUUCAGCACCGAAACCUUGCAAGGCUGUUGGGAUGUUGCAUAGAUGGAGAUGAAAGGUUUCUCAUUUAUGAGUAUUUUGCCAACAAGAGUUUGGACACAUUUAUUUUUGAUCAAGAGAAGCGUAGAGAGUUAGAUUGGCAAAAGCGUUAUAACAUCAUCAUUGGAAUUGCUCGUGGCCUUUUCUAUCUUCACCAAGAGUCUCAGCUGCAAAUUAUUCAUAGAGACAUCAAAGCAAACAAUAUUUUGCUUGAUGACAAACUAGAUCCAAAGUUAGCUGAUUUUGGUUUAGCUAAACUCUUUCCUGAAGACAAGACACAUAUCCAUACAAGAGUUGCAGGCACAUGCGGCUACAUCGCUCCAGAGUAUGCAAUGCAAGGGAAGCUGUCAGUUAAAGUAGAUGUUUACAGUUUUGGAGUAGUACUGCUUGAGAUUGUCAGCGGAAGGAAAAACAAUGAUAAUCAUCUUCCAUACGAUAUGCAACACCUUGUUGAAUGGGCAUGGAAACUGUUCGAGGGAGGAAAUGCACUGAAUAUGGUAGAUUCAGAGACACCAGGAGUCAGUCAAGAGCAGGCCUUAAGAUGCAUUCAUGUUGGGCUUCUGUGUGUACAAGCAAAUGCAACACUUCGACCAGUUAUGUCUGAUGUUAUUACGAUGAUCUCUAGCAGUUCAGUGACAUUGCCAAAUCCUUCAAAGCCUGCUUUUAUUAGUACAGGUGAGAGCCAUGCUUUAAAACCAGAUUCAAAAUCAAGCUGGGGGGAUGAUGAGCAUAAAAAUGGAACGACAUCAUCUUUGUCAGGGAUUCGUUCGGGAUAUGAAGCUUCCAAUACCGAAGUUGAAGCUAGAUAAGUUCACCCCCUGUUUACUCAGACAUCAAACGGCAUUUUUUAUCGUAGUUAUUAAUUAAAAAUUAAAAUAUAAUAUAUUUUUAUUUUUAAUUAAUUAUUAAAUAUGAUGCAAUGUGCAUCAUUUUUCAGUUCACCUACCUGUAAAUUAAAAGAUAGAAUAUAAGUUGUAAAAUAUUUUAUCGACGUAGAAUAUAAAAGUAUAGUUAUACAUGAA